AUGCAUUCCAAAGCACUACUCUCCCUGGCCCUAGCUCUCCUGCCCCAGGCUCUAGCAGAAGUCGGCCCCUUCUUCGACUACUGCACGUCCAACUCCCUGUAUUAUUCCACGAUCAGUUCCAAGUGCCGCUCAGGCGGCGCAAGCAUCGAUCUGAAUGGAGGAAUUGCCUUAGUCGAUGGUCAGCUUAUUUGGCGAUACCAAAGCGACCCCAACAACGGCGGGUUCUAUGCCAACUGCGGCAGUAAUGCUGGGGGCAACUUCAACUUGAACUACGCUACGCUCUCAUGUUACUGCUACUCUGGUGGCUUCCAUGACACUAAGAGUAUCGGUUUGAGUUUCUUGGCCUCGUUGUUCUUUCCCUUUCUGCUCACACCCGACUCUCAUUGUACGUACCGAUCUGCUUUCCGCGAUGGACUCGUACCCCCAGCUGACAAUCCUACUUCAAGCGAGAUGAGAUCUAAUACACAAUCCACAGCUUUGGCUGCCGGCAUAAGUCUCGGGCUCGUGUCAGCACAGCAAUGCACGUCGACCAUAUCGGCUUCAGACUAUCCAGCGCCGUCUUUGGCACCCGGUUGGGGUGCACACAUCAUUGCUAAUGACUUCGUUAAGCCUCGGUCUUUGAGACAGGACAACAAUGGUCACCUUCUCGUAGUAGACCAGGACGAUGACGCCGGAGGCAUUAUCAGACUGACGCAUGAAGGCGAAGGCCCGUGCCUCACGGUAUCGGACAGACAACAAAUCAUUGCGAAUGGCUCCCUAAAUCACGGUAUCGAGCUCUCCCCAGAUAACAGCAUUCUCUAUGCUUCCAGUCAAGAAGCUGUCUACGCCUGGCCAUACGAUCCGGAGACUGGUGAUGUGACGGGUGAAGCGAGACGAGUCGUUAGCCUGGGCGGCGAUGGUAGCCACUCAACCCGAACACUUCUUCUGCCAUCAAACGAUCCCGAUUAUCUGUUGAUUUCGUGGGGCUCUGACGGCAAUCGUGAUCCACAGGCACGAGAACCGACCUCUGGGUACAGUUCAGUCAAGGCCUUCGACAUCACCAACACCUCCAGAGUGUGGGACUACGCUUCCGAAGGCACGAUUGUAGGAUGGGGCCUGCGUAACAGCAUCGGACUUGCUCAAAACCCAAUAGAUGGUGGCCUCUGGAGCAAUGAGAACAGUAUUGAUAACCUCAACCGGUCCGACGUCAGCAUCGUCGAAGACAAUCCUGCCGAAGAGUUGAACUUUCACGGCUACCUGAAUGGCACUGAACAUCCCAAUUUCGGAGCAUACUACGGCUAUCCAGAUUGUUUUUCGGUCUGGGAUCUCGAAGACGUCCCCGACAACGGAGGUCUCACGACCGGCAUGCAAUUUGCUGCCACCACCAACGAGACCGUCGAUGACGCCUGGUGUCGUGACAACACUGUCGACCCACGCCUCAGCUUUACUGCUCACAUGGCACCCAUGGACAUGGAAUUCAACUCCGCCGCCACAACGCUCUUCAUCACUUUCCGCGGAAGCUGGAAUCGUGAGUCGCCAGCGGGCUACAAACUCGCUGCCAUCGCUUUUGACGAAGCCACCGGUAUGCCUGUACAGCCGGCGGACAGCAUGGAACCGUACACAGAGAUUAUGUCCAAUGAAGAUGAAUCGAGGUGCCCGGAUGAAUGUUUCCGGCCUGUGGGCCUGGAGUGGAGUGCUGAGAACAAUCAGCUCUUCAUGGCUGCAGAUGCAUCUGGCGAGAUCUAUAUUGUCUAUCAGACCGACGGUACACCCGUUGACGAUUUCACUGUUGCUGCUACGCAGACAGGUGGUGGGGAAUCGGGCAGUGAGACUGACUCCGAUGGCUCAAGUGAGAGUGGUGCACCCGCCGAGGGCGUCGGUUCGGUGGUGGGAUUGACCAGUGCACGGUCUUGGCUGUUGGGUCUGAUUGCACUUGUUGCUGCUUUCGUAUUGUAG